CAUUACCAAACUUACUUUCCAUCUUCAUUGAUGAAAAGGGCAGAUAAGAAAGCUAUCUUAGAACUUUUCCAAACUUAUAAAGAACCUUUGGGUAACUAUAUUGGUGCAGAAGGUCUACAAAGGCUCUUUGAAGAUAUACAAGUGGACCCUUCGGACGUAGUCACUUUGGUACUUGCUUGGAAAUUGAAAGCUUCGAGCACUUGUGAGUUUUCCGAAAAAGAGUUCGUGGAAGGUUUGGCCAAUUUGCAAGUUGACUCUUUGGAAAAGUUAAAAAGGAAACUGAGCUCGUUGAGAAAGGAAAUUGAAGAUCCUUCCAAGUUUAGAGCUUUUUAUCAAUUUGUUUUUCAGUAUUCUAAGGAGCCUUCUCAACGUUCGUUACCUGCAGAAACUGCUAUGGCUUUGUGGGACGUUUUAUUGCGAGGAAGAUUUUCUCUUUUGGAUUCCUGGUUAGAGUUUCUAAAGAAUAAUACGCAUAGCAUUUCCAGAGAUACUUGGAAUCUCCUUUAUGACUUUUCUCAAUUAAGUGAAAAAGAUUUGUCCGACUAUGACGAAAAUGGUGCUUGGCCUGUGUUGAUUGAUGACUUUGUAAAAUGGCUCAAGCAUGAACAACCCAACAAACAUGAAUCCUAAGAUACCAUUUGAAGUUUUUGGAGACGAUUCUCUUUAUUGUAUGAAUAUUGGCGUUGAAGCGCAGUGUGUUGGUGGAUCGAUAUUUUUGAAGAGUUCACACAGCUCAAUGGAAGCUCAUUGUAUGUGAUGAAAUGAUGGCUCUUAUUAUGAAAAGGACAAGUGCUAAUGAGCAUAUUAGUCACACAAUUAAAAUCUUUUGCAUACUUGUCUCUCUUUUUUUGGUAAAUAGACGAGUGAAAUCUUCCUUAUCAUGAAAACCAAUUCAACUGUCUCUUGCCAAAGGGAAUUGUUAUAACGUGUUUUGUUGAAAAAUUCUUUUGUUAUUGAAUAUCUCCCAACAAUUGAAAAUCAUUCGAGCAUUUCUUUCAUCCCGUUGAAGGACAUAAAAUAGA